GUGGCAGUGACAACAUUACUCACCUCGGCUCAGGGAUUGCACGGGUGCCUCAAAACACACCUACAGUAUCCUCGGAGCUGCUUUCGAUAAGCCAUGGCCCAGGACAAGAAAAAACAAAAAGAUGCAGUGAAGCAGGCUCAGGUGGUAGACGUGGAUGAACACCAGAAAACUAAGGAACCCAGGAAAAUAGAAACGUACCUGGUAACACUUCCGACUGCAGUGAAGAAGUUUACAGAUACACCAGAUAUGAAAAAGUCAGAUCGAAAAUACAACGAUUUCUUGGAGGGGCCAUAUGGUUUGGGCCCUCUCGUUUUCCCUUGUUUACAGCGUUUCAACAAUGUUAACUCCUUCCUGACUCUGUCAUUUUUAGCUGUCAUGGCUCAUAGUAUGAUAUUUGCUCUUGUUGAUCAGUCUCUAAAACUUUACGUGUCUCAAUUAUCUCCAUCACAGACAGAGGAAUACUUAAUGGAUUCUAGUGAUUAUUUUGUUGCUUUUCUGUUCUCAAUGUUUGUAGCACACUUUGGAGGUAGAGGAAAUAGAGCAAAUUGGGUGGCAGCUGGCUGCUUUCUAACAGGAAUUGCUGCAAUUGUUUUUGCUGUUCCUUUCCUUAAUUUUGAAAUUAUGAAACUAAACGUAGUAAAAGAAGAGUUGUGCGAGGAAGGAAAAAUACCUAAAGCUUGUGAACCAACGGUAAUGCCACACAAAUCAAUUUGUAUCUUUAUCUUCAUCUUCGGGCAGUGUAUCCAUGGAAUAGCAGGCUUGCCAUUGUAUAUACUUGCCACAAGCUUUAUUUUUGACCACGUUCCCACAAACUCAUCUGGAUUAUAUAUAGCUCUUGUAGAUGCUGCACUAGGGGUCGGAUACUGUCUGGGUUUUAUAGGAGGAAUGCUAAAUUUUAAGAUGUCUGUGCAAGAAGCUAUGCAAGCAGUUGGACAUCGUCAGAGGAUUCGAAUACUGCAGCGUGGUUGGUGGAGAAAUUUUAUAAUUGUUGCUGUAUUUGCAUUUUGUACAACUUUACCACUGUUGGGCUUUCCUCCUAGUUUACCUGGUGCACGCCAGAUAAGACUUGCGAAAAGUCAGGAAUCUCCCACCUUUGACAGGAGACUUAAAAAUAAGGAAAUUAAGAAUAAUUUGAAGAGUGUUCUUCAUGCUACUUGGUGUCUAAUAAGGAACCCACUGGUGCUGUCCCAGGUAGUAUGCAAAUUCACAGAGUUUGCAACUUUUAAGUCAUCUGCAGUUUUUUUGCCCCAAUAUUUACAAACUCGGUUUUUAAUAAGACCAUCAAGUGCCUCUAUGCUCACAGGUGUUUUUAUAUUACCGGGAAAUAUAUUUGGCCAUUUUUUGGGAGGCUUUAUUGUUCACAGAAUGCAAAUGAAUAAUAAGAACAAAUUGAAAUUUUUAGUAGUAGUAUCUUUUGUGUCAAUUGUGCUUUUCCUAUUAACCUUUUUUGUGGAGUGUGAAAUAUCAAAGUUUGCUGGAAUCAAUGAUGAUUAUGAUAGGCUUGGUAUAAUUGGAAACCUCACAGCUCCAUGCAAUGCGCCCUGUGGUUGUACAACUUCUGAAUAUAAUCCUGUAUGUGGAAGAGAUGAGACACAAUAUUUCUCUCCCUGCUUUGCAGGUUGCAGAGCUACUAAAAAGCUAAGGAAGGAAAAGACAUACUACAAUUGUUCUUGCAUCAAAGAAGGAUUGACAACUGCUGAUAAUGAAGGUCAAUAUAUUGAUGCUGUUUCUGGAACAUGUAAUACCAGAUGCCUUACAUUGCCUUUAUUUUUUGCCUUUUACUUUACUGCAACCAUUUUUUCUAGUUUCUGUAGUAUACCUUCAACCUUGAUUGUCAUUCAAAGUGUACCUACCAGUUGGAAUUCAAUGAGUUUGGGUUUAAUGUCGACAGUUUGGAGAUUCACUGGCUCUGUCCCUGCACCAAUAUUUUUUGCAGCAACAUCAGAUUUUACUUGUCAAUUCUGGGAUAUUAAUGAAUGUGGAGAAAAAGUACAUUGUUGGAUCUAUAAUACGGAAAAUUUGGUCUACACAUUUAAGACAAUAUGGAUUAACAUGCAAAUAUUGUCAGGCUUGAGUUGUCUUUACGGGGUUUACAGACAUGAUUAUGUGGUAAAAGGAAAUGGUGAAAAAGCAGAAGAAAAGUAAGAACAUUAAUUUCAAACUGAUUUCUUCAUUGGGACUGGACAAUCUGUGAUGUUCUGAGUUCUAAGGACUGCAGUCUAUUCUUUGAAGUUUUCAUAAGAUGUGGUCUAUGCCAUAAUUUCAGAAAAGACAAAGAACAUUAAAAUAUCUAUGUGGAUCUUUAUUUUCAUAAUAAAAUACUCAUAUGAAACACUUU